UUCUCCAAAAAGUUCACAGCGGGACAACUUUGACUACUUGUCAUAAAAAGUUCUUCCUCAACUAGGACCGUGAGUUGCACGCCUACGGUAUCCUGAGUCGUUCGCUUGAGGACCCGCGUGUGCGAGCUUAAUUGAACCUCUGCAUUCUCAGAACUCCUGCGGUUGUGGUUGGCUACAGCACGCCAGCAAUCAUUGGCUGCUUCGUUGUUUUGCACUUCCUCACACCCCCAAGUUUCUCUCCAGUGGAUUCCUAUUGCUCUGCGAUACUGUACUCACUACUCAUCAAUUCGCCAGCACACAAACAACUCACCUUCCCCGCUCACCUUUCACUGGAACCCUCACGAGGCUUUUUGCCCCGCAGGAAGCUCGCCUCUUCUUUUUAUCUUCUCUAUCGCUCUCUCUUUUCCCCCACUUGCUCUCACGAUGGCUUGUCUCGGCGAAGAUUUGCUCGGUGUAGUGAAUAAGCUGCAGGAUCUUGUCUUUAAUACUAUUGGAUCCGAUUCUGGCUUAGAUUUACCUCAAAUCGUAGUUGUCGGCUCUCAAUCUAGCGGGAAAUCCUCGGUGCUCGAAAACAUCGUUGGUCGUGAUUUUCUCCCACGUGGCUCAGGCAUUGUCACUCGUCGCCCGCUCAUUCUUCAACUCAUCAACAUCCCCAACGAUGAAGGAAGCAGUGCGGAACCGCACACCCGGGAGGGCAACUCCGACCAGCCCGAGUUUGGAGAGUUUCUGCAUCAGCCUGGCAGACGGUACUAUGAUUUCAGCGAAAUCAAGAGGGAAAUAGAGGCAGAAACAUCUCGGAUUGCCGGUAACAACAAGGGUAUCAAUAGGGCUCCUAUUAACCUGAAAAUCUACUCUCCUCAUGUUCUUAGUUUGACAUUGGUGGACUUGCCGGGUUUGACAAAGGUUCCAAUUGGAGACCAACCAACAGAUAUCGAGAAGCAAACGAGGAAUCUGAUAACCGAGUACAUCGCCAAGCCCAACAGUAUCAUCCUUGCUGUUUCCCCGGCAAAUGUUGAUCUCGUGAAUUCUGAAGCUUUGAAGCUUGCCCGCCAAGUUGACCCACAAGGCAAGCGGACAAUCGGCGUUCUCACCAAGUUGGACUUGAUGGAUCAUGGCACCAACGCUCUCGAGAUUCUCUCUGGAAGAGUUUACCCAUUGAAGCUUGGAUUUAUCGGAGUGGUCAAUCGAUCGCAACAGGAUAUCCAAGGGAACAAGUCUCUUUCUGAGGCUCUCAAGGCCGAGCAGGAGUUUUUCAAAUUUCAUCCGGCUUACCGCAAUAUGGCACAUAGAUGCGGCACCCAAUUCCUAGCAAAAAGCUUGAAUAGUACAUUGAUGCAACACAUCAGGGAUCGGCUACCUGACAUCAAAGCUAGACUUAAUACCCUUAUGGGCCAGACCCAACAAGAGCUUGCGUCUUAUGGGGAUAUGCAUUUUAGUGGUAAAGAACAUAGAGGCUCCUUAAUUCUACAGCUCAUGACACGAUUCGCCAGCUCAUUUAUUUCAUCUAUUGAUGGUACUUCAUCCGAAAUCUCCACUAAGGAACUGUGUGGUGGUGCACGGAUAUACUACAUCUUUAACAGUGUUUUCGGCAACUCACUCGAGCUAAUUGAUCCCACCACCAACCUUUCGGUCCUCGACAUCCGAACAGCCAUCAGAAACUCCACCGGACCAAGGCCCAGCUUAUUUGUUCCGGAGUUGGCUUUCGAUUUGCUUGUCAAGCCGCAGAUAAGAUUAUUGGAGAUUCCAUCCCACCGAUGUGUCGAGUUAGUUUACGAAGAGCUCAUCAAGAUUUGCCAUACUUGUGGGAGCACGGAACUUUCAAGAUUCCCCAGGCUGCAGGCCAAGUUGAUCGAGGUAGUGAGUGACUUGUUGAGGGAGCGGCUAGGACCUACAUCGACAUAUGUCGAGAGUUUGAUCGCAAUACAACGAGCCUAUAUCAACACUAACCAUCCCAACUUCCUUGGUGCAGCAUCGGCUAUGUCAUCCGUCAUCCAAAAUAAACAGGAGAAGGAGCGUAAGGCUCAGGCAUUCGAGAGAAGGAAGGAGCGUGAUAGGCGCAAGCCCACAAGUAUGAGCAACUCCUCUAAUUUCGAUGAUACUAGUCUAGAGCCAACUCCAACCUUCACCCCAACUCCUGAUGAGCCAGCCCUGACCGAGAGGGAACAGAUGGAGACAGAGCUGAUUCGCCGACUCAUCUCUUCCUACUUUAACAUUGUCCGCGAGACAAUUCAGGAUCAAGUUCCCAAAGCAGUUAUGCACUUCCUCGUCAAUUUCAGUAAGGACGCCGUCCAGAACAGGCUCGUGACAGAGCUGUACAAGGAGGAAUUCUUCGGUGACCUCCUGUACGAGGAUGACGCUAUCAAGGCCGAGAGGGAGAAGUGCGAGAGACUCCUGAAAACUUACCGCGAGGCAUCUAAAAUUAUUGGAGAAGUGGGUUUAUAAGAAAAAAGAACAAAGAAACCGUGUUGAGUAAGGAGAAAUAUCUAAGUUCCCUGAAUAGAGCAAAAUGAAACAAAAAAAAUUGUUGGUUGUGUGGGUCGGAUCAUAGGCUCCCGGUGGGGCGAUGCCGAAUGAGUCUGAUGGAAAUGAUAUGUAUAUAAAGGUUACGAACGAAAUCAUCGAGAGCGAAAACGAGGAUCACGAUUUGAUGACGAACCCUUUUUCUUUUCUUCUUUUCUUGCCUCCAGCCUUUUGUUCUGAUGGGGGUUUGAAGGUGCUCGGCACACCGGCGACGAAAAAGGGAACGAGAAGAAAACCGCGUCCACGGGGGCAGGAUGGCUUUCUAUUAUAUUUUUUCCAUAUCUUACUAUACUAUAUACUAUACUAUACUUGUCAAGGGAUCCGCGCUGGCCGGAUUCGAUAACGAGCCCUCUUCUUUUUCUUGUUUUCUUUCUCUCCUAUCUCCCGCGGCUUGUCCAUGUCAUUGUCCAUGUGUUUCUCUUUCUUCGUUGAGUAUACAUGUCUGUGGGAAUUUGUUUGGUCUGUUUUUCUUCAUUUCUUUUGAGUAGCAUUGUUAACUGCCUAGCAUAUACAGUUUUCAAGUUUUUUGUUUUUGUGUUAGGUUUGGCGGCUCUCUUUCUAGUUGAAACAUUAGAUUCUCCACUCA